GCUGUUGUUUCGAGCCAUCAUUAAGCGGAAUCGAAAUCCUUUCGGACGUUGGAGGGUUAUAUUUACCCAAAACUUAUUUUCAAAUGGGCCCCGUCGCCUAGCGUUUUCUCCCCCAGCCUCGCCGAGUGAGUUGACCUGGGUGCUCCCGAACAUCCAGCACGUCUGAAAGGUUUCCACCAAGCACAGCAAACGGCAAGAAACGACGUAAGAAUGGCAGCCAUUCCAGCAGGCGGUUCUCUUGUGGCGACCACUGACUACUACCGAAGGCGCAUCGGCUCUACAUCCAGCAGCAGCUCUUGCGGCAGUUCGGAGUACAUCGGGGAGGUCAUCCCUCACCACCCAGGACUCCCCAAGCAGGACUCUGGCCAUUGGUGGUCCAGUUUCUUCUUUGGGAAGCAGCCAGGGAUGACCCCACUGACCGAGGAGGCUCAGCUGAAGGCCGGGGCUUCAGGUGUGAUGACCUAUGGUCAGAUCACCUGUGUUGCCAGGGAGAUGGUGAUGCAACGGCAGGUGAGUGAGAGCAGUGAAGCAGGAAGUCCCACCUCCUCCUGAUCCUGCAGUCUCACCCCGGUCUUCACCACACCCUGGGGAGGGGAGGACCAAACCAACUACUAACGCUAGGUGACGGGAAAAUCUCCCGUUUACCAUUUUUAUUAUUAUUUUUUGUAUUAUUCACCGUAGUAAAGGCUGCUUUACCCUUUGGUUUUUGUAACAUUGUAUUUUUUAACCAUCCCCAAAAAAAACAAACAAAAAAAAACUUGAAGACGCUUUGCUUUAUAAAACAGAUGAGGUCUUUUUUUUGUAACAUUUGAACUGUUCUGUGUUUGUAAUACUGUGGUGGACACCUCCACAUGCUUCUGUUUAACCUCUUUUUUUUAACUUUGUCACCCUGUGAUUGCAAAAUGGAAUAAAGUAGAUUCAUGCAGCCUAA